AUGAGCUCGGAGGAAUCAGCUCCGGUCAUUGAUGGGUUGAAGGAGGAGAUUUUCAGGGUUGUCAGGGACAAGGUUAACCUUGAACUCGAGGUGAAGCAACUCACUGAAUCUUUGAAGGUUUCGCGCAAUGAAGAGGCGCGUAUGCGUGCUAAGAUUCUGAAGCUUGAAGAGAGUGUUGGCAUGGCCGCCGAGAAGGAAGAGGGGAUGGCGAGAAAGUACAGCGCCUUGGUGAGUGAGAAGAAUGAGAUGGAGAGAAUGCUAACAGAGAAAAGAGAUAGUCAUGAGUAUGAAAUUGCUGAGUUGCUAGGAGAAGUGGGUAGAGUGAGGGAUGUUAUGGAUGAGUUCAAAGGGUCACACAAAGAGCUUCAAGAGAAAAAUGAGCAGUUACUUUCUCAAGUUGAUGAAGUGAUGCUUGAGAAGGAUAACAUGACAAAGGGAUUUGAAAUGGAGAAGGAUAAAGUUGAGAAUUUGGAGUUGGAAGUUGCAGGGAUGAAGGGAAAACUUGAACAAGCUGAAGCUAAGUUGGGGAAGAUGAGAAAUGAGAGAGGGAUGCUGAAUAAAAGAAACAAGGAGCUGGAAAACAAUGUGGAUGUUUUGAAGAAGGAAAAGGAAGCACUACAGAAUACCCUUCUACAGGCGCAACGAGAGAGUGGUGAUUUGAACAAAGAUGUGGGAAAUAAAAGAAGCAGUCCAACUGAAGAAGAAACAUCAUUAUCUUUAAGGAAGAAAGGAAAAUUUGAGCUAUCUCAUGUUAAAGUAGAGAGUGUAUUGGAGUCAGAUCAUGUCCUUAGAAUGUCAAAAGAAGACAAUUGCUGUCCAUUGAAUUCAAAUUCCCCUUCUGGUCUUGAGAUCAGUGAAUAUCCUGAUACAGAUUUCAAAGAUUUUGAUAAGGACAGGGGGGAGGAUUGUUUUGAUGCUAAUCAAAUCUGGGCACUUUAUGAUAAUCUUGAUAUGCCAAGAAUUUAUGCUAUUGUCAGGAAAGUUGCCACCCCUUUUAAGUUGAUGAUUUCUUGGUUGGAACCUGACCCAGAUGACGAAGGGGAGCUAGAUUGGUAUUAUGCUGAUUUGCCUAUUGCUUGUGGUAAGUUCAUACUCGGUGAUUCUGAGAAUGUUACAGAUCGUGAGAUUUUCUCUCAUCAGAUACCAUGCAUGAACAGAACUGGCAGAGGUUCUUAUAUGGUAUAUCCCAAGAAGGGAGAAACAUGGGCGAUUUUCAGAGAUUGGGAUAUCAAAUGGAGUUCUAAUCCAGAAAAUCAUUUUUUGAAUGACUUUGAAUAUGUGGAAAUCCUAUCAGAUUUUACUGAGAAUGUUGGCAUUGAAGUUGCUCGCCUAGUCAAAGUUGAAGGGUUUGUUAGCCUCUUUCAGAAAGCUAAGAAGAAGGGAGUUAACAUGUUUUUUGUUGUGCCUAAUGAGCUGUAUAGGUUCUCACACCGGAUUCCUUCAUAUAAGAUGACAGGUAUAGAAAGGAAAGGUGUUCCAAGAGGAUGUUUUGAACUUGAUACUGCUGCACUGCCUGCUAACUUCUUUAAAGUUGGUGAAUCUGGUGUUGUGAAGAUGUGA